AUGUUUCCAAGACAGGAACAGUCUAGUUCAAGAACGCCGGUUCGGCGAUGCUUAUUUGGUCGUCCGAAUCCUCAGCGAACUAAACAGUGGUUAAAUGAGCGCAUAGAAGAGAUGCGCGAAGAAAAUGAGAGUCGUAUGGCAAAAUGGGGUUUUGAUUUUGAAGCUGAUACUCCAUGUGUGUCUGCAUCAUCGGACUUCAUUUAUACAGCAGUUCCGGCUUCGUCGGUUCCGCUGUUUUAUCGUUAUAUGCGGUAUAAAAAGGAAGACUGUAGUAAUACUGAAAAUCAUAGCCCUGAUUUGUCAGAUUCUGACAGUUCAAUGGAAGAAGCCGCACCUUCACAUGUCCCAGUUAGUUCGAAAUAUACACGUGCACCGCGUACGCCGAGAAAACAAACAAAAUUGACUUCAUAUCUCAGAGUUGAACAACGUAAACGGCUACAACGUUCAGCAAAAAUUGAAGAUUUGUGUGGACCAAGAGGUUCCUCAGAUAUUCCUAAUUCUGGGAUAAGACAUCUGAAAGAAGCGUCACAGUAG